AUGGCAUAUCAGCUUGAUUUGUCCCAAUCAAAAUUUAUUGUAGAUGACACUCCUCAAUUGAAGAGGGAACCUCCAGCGAUAUUCGCUAAGAAGGAGUCAACAGAUUACUUUGAUGUAAAUUCUACGAUUUGUGAAUGCAAUGAGGAAAUAGAACCUUAUGCGUUUUAAUUGAGAUUCAAAGUUGAAUUGAAGCAGGAUCCAAUUGUAUAGACACAAGAAGAGAAGGAACUUUGUAAUAUGGGUUCGAGCUUCGGAGUCAAUGAUGGUGAUAAAAACAAUAAUUUCGAUAAUCCUAUUGAUCACGUCAAUCAAAAUACUCAAGGUCCUAAAGACAAUAAUCAAAUUCUUGGAGAAAGUAAAUAAAGUUUUAAUCAUAUUCAAAAACGGAAUGUGCUUGUAUAAACUAACAAAUUAAUGCUCAAAAACCAACAAUAGUUAUUUAAAUAUAACUAAAAAUACGUCAAUCAUGCAGUUUAUUAAGAAACUCUACUCAGUUUGAAGUAGAAAUAAAUAAAAAGAAUAACAAAAAUCGAUUAUUGA